UGGCGUUGCCACAUAGCCGUCUCGGCGCAAGAAGUGCAAACAUAGGAUAAAGAUAAUUGCACAAUUAUUGGCACCUGCAGCCGGCAAACGCUGUAACGGAAUUGCCCGCGUUCAAAAACCAAUGGCGCGCAUUGGCGGAACAUCGGAGGAAUGCGGUAAUGGACGCAACACAACGUUCCGGCCGUUCUAGAUGUUUUGCUUUCUAAUCCAAUUAAGCGUGUGCCCUGAAAGCGGUGAUGCGGGCCGGUUGUGGUCAGAUGUGCGCCGUCCGUUGCAGCAGCUCCACAUUCCCGAAAAUAUGAGCAUUCUUACGUAAAUAUUGCAUGGUCAGUGCGUAUUUAAAUAUAGAUUUUUUAUAUACAGACGCAAUGUAAGCCAGUUGCGUUUGCCAGAGGACAACCGAAAGUAUUAAUCAAGCAAUCCAAACCGAUGCGGCAUAGCCGGGAUUAUGGCUUCCUUGCGCGUCGUCAAUAGAUUAGUGUGCCGCGGCUUUGUGGCUCUUACGUUGCUGCUGGUCUUCUUCAACGAGUUUAUAGUUUACUACAUGGCCCAGUCCAGUUGGCAGCCAAUCGAUUGCAAACUAGAUAAUUGCACGCGCCUGCUGCUUAUUGCUGAUCCUCAGAUACUGGGAAACUCCUACGAUCGAUCGUCGCACAGUCCUUUGGCCAGGUACGAUUCGGAUAGAUACCUGGCCAAGACAUUUGAGCGAGCUCUCGCCUUUACACAGCCUCACAUCAUAGUGUUCCUGGGCGAUCUGUUGGACGAAGGCAAUAUAGCCACGGCCCAGGAGUACAAGCAGUACGUUCAGCGGUUCAGACGAAUUUAUCAGAACAAGAACUACAAAAAACGCGUCCAUGUGCCGGGUGACAAUGAUAUUGGCGGCGAGAAUGGCGACUACAUAUCCAACUCGAACCAACGACGUUUUGAGAACGAAUUCAUGAGUGAAGACCUCUUCGACUAUGACAAUCGAUUGCGCUUCUUCAAGAUAAACCGCAUGCUGUUGGAUUUUAGCAACCCGGAUAGGGAUAACAAUGCCGAUCGCCUAAGAAUUGGCGUAUCCCAUGCUCCGCUGCUCAUUGGCGGAGGACCUCUGUUAAGAGCCAUCAUCAGCGACUUGGAUCCACAUAUCAUUUUCUCAGGACACUGGCACGAAUCCAGAAUAUUUAUUUACCCCUCCACCAAGGUGAUCAACUUUUAUGAAAACUCAGUGAGGCACUUUGACCUGAAGGCCCUCAAAGAGCAGGAGCACAGCUAUCUGGAGAUAAUGGUGCCCACUUGCUCGUAUCGCAUGGGAAAGUCCAAGAUCGGAUUGGGCUACGCGGUUUUGGAAAACUACAAUUUGAGCUACACGGUGCUGUGGCAGCCGAAUCGCUUUAUCCUGCUCUUCACCUAUGUAUUUUGGGGACUUUUCGUCGUCUGUGGUUUCGUCGUCUUUAAGAUGAUGACUCGUUGUCCCUUCCGCGUGGCCAAAAGGCAGACGCUCUAUAACCGAGUCUCGACUAUACCGCAAUUUUAGACUGCACUUUCCACUCGUCAUGGACAAUAAGCCUAAGAUUCUCAAGAAUUGCUCGAAUAUACAACUCAAAAUGAAAUUAAAAUCGUAUUUAUAGACAAGUAGCUAAUAUUCGGAUAGAGUUGAGUAGUAGCAAUGAAAAUUGAUGUAAAUUUUAGUCCAAAGUGCUAAAUUUGUUUUCCAAUUAGUGAACAAAUGUAAUCAAUGUCCUCCAUCCAUAUUUAUUUAAAAUUUAAUUUAUUUAUUUAAUUAGGCCUUAGCAGUUUAAAUGAAAUUUCUUAUUGGCUUAUACUUAUAGAGCUGUUAAAUUGAAAGAAAAAAUAUAUCUAAUUAAACAAAUGUCAAUCAUUUAAAGAA